CUGCAUCAGAUCAAGUUCACAGGCACCAGGGGCAGCACAUGCACGGACAGGCAGCUCUGAAGGACCUUGCGUCCUGAGCCAGGGGACCUGGACCUUGACUUGUGAUGACAGCACACAGGACCGGGGUGCAGCCAGGCUCCUAGCAGGCAUGUGGAAGGACUGAGGCCAUCAGACACUCCAUGGGGCCAGGUAGACAAAGUCUGGGCCUGAACCGCUAUGCGAAGAGUGGGUACAGGCCAUCCAGAGGGUGAGGACUCCUGAGCUCGCCCAGACCUGCUUUCCCCUCAAGGCUCUUUCCCUGCCUAUCACACAGGUGACUGGGAAGGUACGCAGAGGCACGCAGCUCUCUCUGGUGGACUUUGAGAUUCAGACCCAGAAGCCAUCAUGGCUGCUUGUCACAUCCGCCAAUACCAGGAGAGUGACCGCCAGGGCGUCCUGCACUUGCUUUCCCAGGGGAUAUCUGAGCAUUUCCCCACCGCAUUCCGCCAUGUCCUGAAGCUACCCCGAACCCUUGUGCUUUUGCUUUUUGGCCCCCUCACCUGCUUUGUGGCCUCUGGCUCCUGGCUCCUGGCCCUGGUGGCCAGCCUUACCCUCCUUGCUGCCCUGGGGUUCCUUGCCAAGUACACCUUGACAGAGUUUGAAGUAUUAUGUUUGCGCACAGACAUGGCCGACAUCACGAGAUCCUACUUCAGCGACUGUGGCUCCUGCUUCUGGGUGGUUGAGUCUGGGGGCCAGGUGGUGGGCAUGGUGGGAGCUCUGCCCAUGACGAAGCCCUCUCUGCAGAAGGAGCAGUUGCAGCUGCUUCACCUAAACGUGGCCCGCGAGCACCGUGGUCAGGGGAUAGCGAGAGCCCUGGUCAGGACUGUCCUCCGGUUUGCGCAGGAGCAGGGCUACAGUGAGGUCGUCCUCAGCACCACUGCUCUGCAGCUCCCCGCCUUGGCCCUCUACCGCAGCCUGGGCUUCCAGAAGGUGGGCCGGUAUUUCUUCUCCUCGAGCUGGAGGCUAAUUGAUGUUCCCGCAUUCCAGUUCAGAUACUGCCUCUCCUCUGCUCAGGGGCCUCAGGCACGGAAGCAGGGAGGGUUCCUGUGACCUGCUUCCUGGUGGAUCACGCAGGGGAGGACUGGCUCUUCCUGACCUGGGCUGGGGGCUAGCAUCCUGCAGGUCCAGGGAACGCGGACAGAGGUGAGGCCUGCCUUCCAGGAACCGGCAAGUGCAAACUGCAGAUGGUGGUUCGUGCUGGGCCUCUGAUGGUAGUUUUCCAGAAGGGAGGCAGGACGGAGGGUGCGGUGCAAGAUAAAUUUGGACGUCAGGGACCUGACCCAGCAGCAAGAAAACCUAGAACGCUGACUCCAAACUUCCCUUCACCUUUCUUCAGCUAAUAAGGAUAUGAAGGAUUAGGUAACCCAUGUCACUAAAAUACCAUCUAAAUCCAAAUUACAUUGGGGUUUACCCCCUGCUUAGGGGUUUACUUACAUAUUCAAGGGCAAAGUGCCUGAUCAACAAUAAAAAGGUUAUAUAACCUAGAGCCAUCUAUUGACCUGUCAAUGAAAUGACAUAAAAGAAACAGGACAGGACAUUCCAUCAAUCACUUUGUCAUGCAAAAGACCUAAGAGACAGGUCAGGACUUCCCAUCAUUAAGAAAAAAUAAAGGCCAACCUAAUCCUUAGAGUGGGGCUGCUUCCAGUUUGCAGAGCCUGCUCUCCUGUCUCUAGGUUGUACUUUUUCUUUUACCUCAAUACAUUUUUGCUGCUCUUACUUGUUA